AUGGAUCGCCUUCCGUUUGGAGCCACAUGUUCCCCUUUUAUCGCUAUCCAUACCUGCCGUCGAGCCGCGAUUGAUGCAAAGGCGGAUGAGAAAAUUGUGGAGGUCAUCAAGAAAAAGGUAUACGUCGACGACUAUUUAAGUUCAGCCAGUUCCGUCAGAAAAGGGUUGGAGGAAGCUGUUGUCGUCGAGAAGAUACUGUCCGCCGCCGAUUUGCAUCUCCAAGGGUGGAUUUCGAAUUCACCCGAAUUUGUCCAGUCAAUCAUAAAGCGCGACGCAUCAGAUUCAAGCAAAGCCACUCCGCCACCCACCAGUCAUUCACUUUCGAAUACCGAGAGCGGUAAGGUGCUCGGCCUGGUUUGGAACACACUAACAGAUUCUCUAGGUUUCAGAGUGGAGAAUCUGGAGGAGAUUGAAUUCACCCGUGCCGGAAUCGCCAGCAAAGUGGCCAGCAUCUUUGAUCCUCUGGGAACGGCAGCCCCUUUAAUUGUAAAGGCGAAAAUUCGUUUACGAUCUCUCGGGAUGAAAGGAGUGAAUUGGCUUGGAGCAGUGGACGAGAGCGACGAGAGCUGGUGGAAGUGCUGGUUUGCUGUCGUCCGUCAACUAAUCAACACAUCUUUGGAUCGCUGUCUGUUUCCGGAAGAACACGAGAUCGAGAAUUCACAGCUGCACACCUUCUGCGAUGCGUCCGAAGAAGCCUACGCCGCCGUUAUUUACGUGCGGAAUGCCUACCGUGACGGAAGGAUCCGCAUCAAUCAGAUCAAGGCCAGCAACAAGUUGGCGCCGAAGAAAACGAUUUCCGUCCCUAAGCUGGAAUUGAAUGCUGCUCUUUUGGGUUCCAGAUUAGCCAGAUUUGUCAGCAGCUCUAUUAGCCGCAAAAUCGAUAAUCGAUUUUUUUGGACCGACAGUAGCACCGUCCGGAACUGGAUCAGAGCCACAGCCUCUUACUACCAGGUUUAUGUAUCGAAUCGUGUGGGAGAAAUCCAGACGCUGACCGAGCCGGAGGAAUGGCUCUUCGUCCCGGGCAAGCUGAAUCCAGCAGAUGAAGCCACUCGAUCGGUCAUUGAAGGAGAAGGUCUCUCACAACGCUGGCUGAAUGGUCCCGAAUUUCUCUUCCAGCCGGAAUCAGAAUGGCCUCAAGAUCUUCCUUGGAUUGCUGUUCCGGACGAGAUGCGUACCUGCCGAACUUAUGCAGCUCAACUAGCAACAGAUGUUUCCGAUUGGUCCGACAUCCCACUGAAUCAAUCCAACAUCUCAGAAUUCCUCAAGCUGGAGGGCCCCUCCUACCAGUUGAUCGAGAGAUGCCAAAAAGAGAGUUUUUAUGAAGAGAUAAACUGUUUGAAGAAAGGAAAGGCUAUUCGUCCUACCUCCCAUCUCCUCCAGCUCAGCCCAUUUUUAGGACCGGAUAAUUUAUUACGUUUGGGCGGGCGGAUUGGCCACGCAAAAUUGCCGUACGACUCCAUCCAUCCACCGAUUCUACCCAGUAAGCAUCCGCUGACGGAAAGGUUGAUUGCCGUUCUCCACGAGCACACACAUCAUGCUGGAACGAACUUUCUCCUCGCGAAGAUCAAUCAGCAUUUUUGGAUCGUGAGGGGAAGAGAAACUGUGAAGAAGAUCCGGCAAACCUGUCCGGUGUGCAUUCGAGAGAGAGGAGCUCCUGUUGGUCAGCAAAUGGGAGAUUUGCCAGCCUUUCGUUUGGACUCUUACUCUCCGCCAUUUUCUCAUGUCGCCAUAGAUUGUUUCGGACCAUUGGAGACCAGCCCUGGGAGAAAUAGAGUAUUCAAGCGUUACGGCGUCAUCAUUACCUGCUUGGUGACUAGAGGAGUCUUUUUAGCGCUCGCGGAAUCUCUCUCCACUGAAGACUUUUUGCUAGUUUUUCGGCGCUUCAUAGGUAUCUACACCAAACCUGCAACCGUCCACUCGGACAACGGGACUAAUUUCGUGGGAGCCGAGAACGAGCUUAAUUCAUUUAUUCAAGAAUUGCCAAAGAGUGGAGCGUUUCAACAGUUCCUGAAGGUGAAAAAUAUCGACUGGCGUUUCCAACCUCCGCGUGCUCCUCACUUUGGAGGCGCACAUGAAAGUCUCGUUCGCUCAACAAAACGGGCGCUCUACCGGGCUCUGGAAAUCGAGAAGGCUGGUUUGCGGUAUCCGACAGAUGAAAUGCUUCGUACUCUAUUGGCAGAAGUUGGUGGGAUGCUUAACGCCCGUCCUCUAACUUACACCAGCACGGAUCCAGCGGAUUUUCGGCCUUUAACUCCAAACGAUUUUUUGAAUCGUCCGCCGACUUACGACUUACCGCCAGGAGAUUUCUCACACGCCCUGCCCCGGGAGCGUUUUCGAUAUGUGCAACGCACAGCUCAACUCUUUUGGGACCUCUGGACCAAAUUUUAUCUUCCAUCGCUCGUUCCGCGGAAAAAGUGGAAGACUAAACAGCAGAAUCUCGCUAUAGGAGACGUCGUGUUGAUGAUCGACUCCAAUCAGCCCCGCGGUCAAUGGAAGCUCGGACAUAUAAUCAAAACUUUCCCUGGAGAAGACGGCCUGGUCAGAGUGGUCGAGGUCCAAGCCGACACCGGAAUUUAUAAGAGAGCUGUUCAUCGCCUGUGUCUUCUAGAACGUGCGCCGAAGGAUUCCUCUACGAUCGAGAAUAGUCAAGCUGAUCCAGCGGAGGCGAGUAGGAAGAUCUCAACUGCUCAUUGUCAUCGCCUCAGAGCUUAUUAUUGUUCUAUUUCACCGUAA